UCUCGUCAAGGAUCAAUGUCUUGAGCAUUUCGCAACCUCUACUAGAGAGGAGGGAAAACACACCGAAAAGAGAUAUGAGAAUCAAUUGAGGGUACAUCAUCGUGUUCGUGAGCAAUGUCUACUUGUCUCAGUCUUCUUUAUGCCUUGUAUUACAAAAACACCAGAAUAUACUGACCGCACCAAAUAGCACAAUAAAAACCAUCCAAACCACCAUCUUCCAACCCACUUUCCACCCACCAUGGAUCCCUACAAAAGACCCCAAGUCUCCGUCUCCGAAAUCCCCUCCACAUCUCCAUCCUCCUCAACUACUACCACCGCCUCCUCAUCUUCCUCAUCGACAACCACAGAGAGGCGCCCUGGCCCCGUCCGCCGAACCUGGAAGCACUUCAUGAACGCCGUCGACCACGCCCACAGUCAUGACGCAGGUGUCAUGUACACUGUUUAAUUCUCAAUUCCAAGCUCCGCACGCUGGAUGCGUAUUGUGCUGGCUCUUCGUUUCUCUUUAUUUGCAGGAGGGGAGGGAAGAAGGGAUGUGGUAUACCCGAUGCAUGAUUUUUCUUUAUUUAUGAAUUGAUGAUGUGGCUGCGAAAGGAGGAG